UCUCUUCAUCCGUCUCAGUCGGUGCUUUUGUGAGGAUCGCAAACCAUAUAAAUUGUAUAAUAAUAUCAAGUGGGGCGCGUGUUGGCCGCAUUGGCCGUCUCUCGUUUCAUUGCCAUGGAGACGCGGAACAACAAUGGCCCCAAACUCCGCCCAGAGGCCGCCGAGAACUUCUCUGCAGAGCAGGUCCUCCAAGGACUCGUUUUGUCUGCAGAACCAGAAGAGCUAUAGAGACUCGUCCCAUACAUUCGAAGAAAGAAAGUCGCUGCGAGUAGAAAAUCGCAGCGGGAGUGCAGAGAUGGCAGGGGCGACGAGCGGGACACUUUUUGACAAAUCGCCGCUGGUCAUGCAGGACUCGAGUGGCGGCGGCGGCGACCACCGCUGGCCGCAGCUCACCCCUCAAGAGGCGCCGCUGGACUUGCGACUGCGGCCGGCCAAAAGUGGCCGCACCCUGCUGCCCUGCGAAGUUUGCGCCAAGACCUUUGACCGGCCGUCGCUCCUCAAACGACACAUGCGAACCCACACAGGGGAGCGUCCGCACGGGUGCGACGUGUGCGGAAAGCGGUUCAGCACGUCGAGUUCGCUGAACACGCACCGGCGGAUCCACAGCGGGGAGAAGCCGCACGCGUGCUCGGUGUGCGGCAAGCGGUUCACGGCGUCGUCCAACCUGUACUACCACCGCAUGACGCACACCAAGGAGAAGCCGCACAAGUGCCGUUUGUGCCUCAAGUCGUUCCCGACGCCCGGCGACCUGCGCAGCCACCAGUACGUGCACAGCGGCGCGUGGCCCUUCCGCUGCCCUGCGUGCGGCCGCGGCUUCAGCAAACUCACCAACCUGCGCAACCACGCGCUCCUCCACACCGGCGACCGCCCCCACGCCUGCCCCCUCUGCGCCAAGCGCUUCGCCCUCGCCUGCAACCUGCGCGCCCACCUCAAGACGCACGCCCAACACCAUCCCAACCCUUUCAGAAUUCAGCAGGAGCAACAACAGCAGCAGCAUUUUGCCAUGCAGAAAAUGGUGAUGGAGGCGCAACUCAUCAUGGCAGUCCUGCAGCACUCCGAUGCAAAUCCAACUUAACCACGCAAUUAAGAUCCAUUUCCUGCAUUUCCAAAGAAAAAAGAAUGGGGUGUGUUUAGAAAGAGUUGUGAUGUGAUCUUCCAUGUAUAGAUUAAAAUUCUUUGUCUUGUAAUUGGAAUUUUUAAGUCCACUUAAAAAGUGGCGUAGAAUGUCAAAAGAUUGCCCCACAAAUAUCGGUGUAUGUUAACUGUUGUGAUUAAUAAAAAUUAAAAUAGGAGAAAGAACAAGAAAUAAAUUUAUCUUUUUGCAUCUAAAACGCCUGCAAUUUUGCUAGGUAUGCAACCACGUUGGCACGGUUGAAAAACGGGUUGCAUAACUCGCACGUCUUUGGGUAUUAAAAAAUAUCCAUUGCUCUUUUGGCUUUGCUAUUAUUUAUUUUCAUGAAUGCUGAUUAUAUUUUGUCUUCUUGAAACCUAUUAAAUUUUUGCGCUAUUGUAGCGUUAAUUUAUUUAAAA